AUGGGGAAGGAUGGCAAUUGGGAAAUCCUCUUUGCAUUUACUGCAUUGGGUGUUUACCCAAUGCACACCAACUUGCGCGGCGAAGAGUAUGGAGAAUCCUCUCCUCUUCUCUUCCUUACGACUGAGUCUCACUCUUUUCUUUCUCUUAUCUUCUCAACUGUCUAUCUGCUUGCCUUUGCUGACCUGAUAAUAUUCGCCUAUGCACUACGUUGUUUGCUACUUCUGAUUCGAACCUCAGUUUCUCAGUCGAAGGGAAGAGGAGUGUUUGUAUCAAAUCUACCUAGUUUGCGGUUACAAAUGGCGUUGGAAGAGGACGAUUUGAAGAAGAAAAUAACUAUCGGAGUCUGUGUAAUGGAAAAGAAGGCUUUUUCAGGACCCAUGUUGCAGAUUUUAGAGAGGUUACAGGCGUUUGGAGAAUUUGAGAUAGUUCAUUUUGGUGAUAAAGUGAUCCUUGAAGAUCCUAUUGAGAGCUGGCCUAUAUGUGAAUGCCUGAUCGCCUUCUAUUCAUCUGGCUAUCCUUUGCAGAGGGCUGAAGCUUAUGCUGCGCUUAGGAAGCCUUUCCUCGUGAAUGAAUUGGGACAACAACGCCUUCUUCAUGAUCGGAGAAAAGUUUAUGAGCGGCUUGAACUGUUUGGUAUCCCUGUUCCAAGAUACGCUUUAGUUAACAGGGAAUUUCCAAGUCAAGAUCUGGAUUAUUUUGUCGAGGAAGAAGAUUUCGUUGAGGUCCAUGGGAAUCGAUUCUGGAAGCCUUUUGUGGAGAAGCCUGUUGAUGGCGAUGAUCACAGUAUUAUGAUAUAUUACCCUAGUUCAGCUGGUGGGGGAAUGAAGGAGUUGUUCCGCAAGGUUGGUAAUCGAUCAAGUGAAUUUCACCCAGAGGUCAGAAGAGUGAGGCGUGAGGGGUCUUACAUAUAUGAGGAAUUUAUGCCUACUGGGGGAACAGAUGUGAAGGUUGUUUAUACCGUGGGCCCUGAGUAUGCUCAUGCAGAGGCAAGGAAGUCCCCUGUAGUUGAUGGUGUUGUUAUGAGAAAUCCUGAUGGUAAAGAAGUCAGAUAUCCUGUCCUUCUUACUCCUGCAGAGAAGCAAAUGGCAAGAGAAGUUUGCAUUGCAUUUAGACAAGCUGUCUGCGGAUUUGAUCUAUUGCGUUGUGAGGGACGAUCCUAUGUGUGUGAUGUCAAUGGAUGGAGCUUCGUCAAGAACUCUUACAAAUAUUAUGAUGAUGCUGCAUGUGUAUUGAGGAAGAUGUUUCUUGAUGCAAAAGCCCCACAUCUCUCUUCAACAAUUCCUCCAACUCUGCCAUGGAAAGUAGAGCCAGUUCAGCAGUGUGAAGGACUAACACGACAGGGAAGUGGGAUAAUUGGGACAUUUGGGCAGUCUGAAGAGCUACGUUGUGUAAUCGCCAUUAUCCGUCAUGGUGACAGAACUCCAAAGCAGAAAGUCAAGUUGAAAGUCACUGAAGAAAAACUUUUAAAUUUGAUGUUAAAAUAUAAUGGAGGAAGGCCUAGGGCAGAGACAAAGCUUAAAAGUGCAGUUCAGUUGCAAGAUCUUUUGGAUGCAACACGAAUUUUAGUUCCUCGUGCUAGACAUGGUCGAGAAAGCGAUAGUGAGGCUGAAGACAUUGAGCAUGCUGAAAAGCUUCGCCAAGUGAAAGCUGUACUUGAGGAGGGGGGGCAUUUUUCCGGCAUAUAUAGAAAGGUCCAACUUAAGCCAUUAAAGUGGGUAAAGGUCCCCAAAGCAAAUGGUGAAGGAGAAGAGGAACGACCUACUGAGGCCCUGAUGGUUCUUAAAUAUGGUGGUGUUCUUACUCAUGCUGGCAGAAAACAGGCUGAAGAACUGGGUAGGUAUUUUCGGAAUAAUAUGUAUCCAGGAGAAGGUACUGGCCUCCUUCGUCUGCACAGUACAUAUCGUCAUGAUCUGAAAAUAUAUAGCUCAGAUGAAGGCCGUGUACAGAUGUCAGCAGCUGCUUUUGCUAAAGGUCUUCUCGACUUGGAAGGACAAUUGACACCUAUUCUUGUUUCACUUGUCAGCAAGGACUCCUCAAUGUUGGAUGGACUUGACAAUGCCAGUGCUGAGAUAAAAGACGCCAAGGCCAGGUUGAAUGAGAUUAUAACUUCUGGAAUUAAAGCUGUUCAAAGUAGUGGCUUACUGGAAAAGCCGUGGAUGGCUGAUGGAGCUGGGCUACCUCCAAAUGCCUCUGAAUUAUUACCCAAAUUGGUAAAGCUAACCAAGAAGGUUACUGAGCAAGUAAGACUUCUUGCUAAGGAUGAAGAUGAGGAGCUUGUUGAGGCAAGUGCAUAUGAUGUAAUUCCUCCAUAUGACCAAGCAAAGGCGCUUGGUAAAACAAAUAUAGAUGUUGACCGGAUAGCUGCAGGGCUACCUUGCGGUAGUGAAGGAUUUCUUCUCAUGUUUGCUCGCUGGAGAAAACUUGAGAGAGAUUUGUAUAAUGAACGUAAAGAGCGGUUCGAUAUAACACAAAUUCCUGAUGUUUAUGACUCUUGCAAAUAUGAUCUCUUGCACAAUGCACAUCUAAAACUAGAAGGAUUAGAUGAACUAUUCCAAGUUGCUCAGCUACUUGCAGAUGGUGUAAUCCCAAACGAGUAUGGAAUCAAUCCAAUGCAGAAAUUAAAAAUUGGAUCGAAGAUUGCCCGGCGCUUGUUGGGGAAAAUCUUGAUUGAUCUGAGAAAUACACGAGAAGAAGCUAUCAGUGUUGCGGAAUUGAAGAGCAAUCAAGACAAUAAUUCAUCAGUCUCUAAUACUGGAAAAGAAGAUGCAGAUUACCAAUCAAAGUCUCAUAGUAAGAUUGAAAACUCAAGAAGAGCUAGUUUUACAAGUGAUAUGUCAAUGGAGCAAGAUGAUGACGAUGAUAAAGAAACUAAAUACCGUUUAGACCCCAAAUAUGCGAACGUGAAAACACCAGAGCGUCACGUGCGGACACGGCUAUACUUCACUUCAGAAUCCCAUAUCCAUUCAUUGAUGAAUGUUCUUCGCUAUUGCAACCUGGAUGAAUCUCUUCAAGAAGAACCGAGCCUUGUUAGUGAUAAUGGCUUAGAGAGAUUGUACAACACAAAGGAGCUUGAUUACAUGAGUUACAUUGUGUUGAGGUUGUUUGAGAACACCGAGGUCGCGUUGGAAGAUCCAAAGAGAUUCCGCAUAGAGAUGACAUUCAGCCGAGGUGCUGAUUUAUCGCCAUUAGAGAGAAAUGAUAACGAGGUAGCUUCAUUACGGCAAGAGCACACAUUGCCCAUCAUGGGUCCCGAGAGACUGCAGGAAGUUGGGUCAUAUUUGACUCUAGAGAUGAUGGAGAAGAUGAUCCGUCCAUUUGCGAUGCCAGCUGAAGACUUCCCGCCCCCUGCGGUCCCUCAAGGAUUUUCGGGCUAUUUCUCGAAAAGUGCAGCUGUGUUAGAACGCCUGGUCAAUCUCUGGCCUUUUCACAAGCACGGGAACACUAACGGCAAGUAA